UUAGCAGUUGCAGUAUUUUGCUCAAUGAUUAGUCUUGAUGUUCAGAUGUUAUUCCUUAUUUAUUUGUAGUACGUAUAUGGUGCGGUUACACCUAAAAGAGCCGAGUCAAAAAAUCUGCCUGAAGGAACCGACUCGUUCUUAAACGACACAUCACUCCGAGGGACCGUUCAAAAGUGUCAGGAGCUGGCUAUAAAACUCUGGCAAACAUCUUUUUUUAUUGUCAGAGAUGUGUCUACUGCAAAUCUGCAAGUCAUGUCAGAUGAAUUAGAAGACCCCUAAGGACACACACCAUCUUUACUUUCUUCAAAUUUAAAAUGAAAAGUAACCUCAGGCAACAUAUCACCUCCAUGGUGAAAGACUACAUUCCACUUGGUGGUCCAACACAUCACAGAGUUGAUGAUAGAAGAAGAGAUCACUCAGUGCCACAAAGCUCACCUCAGGGGACGAAUAAAAAGAAUGAACACACUCUGAAACCUUUAAACCCACUCGUACAAUGCACACCUCCUCCUCAUAAAACUUUUGUGCAAGGAGGGAGGGAUAGAUCUUCAACAGUGUUUUCUGCAGGCCCUAAAAAAAUUAUUGCAAAAAGCCAGAAGAGUCCCACUAAUGGCAUUGUACCAAUGAGAAAAGUCCAAUUUAACAAUAACAUUCACUUGGAUAAUGACAGAUCCUGCCAAUCUGCUAGGAAAAAAAAUGCUUCUUUACAAAGGAAGAAUUCAUAUGUUCAAGAAAAAGAAUUUGCCCUCGCUUUCUGUAAGCAGUUGAAUGAGAAUUUAAAGGUUGGAGGGUCUGUGCUGCAGACAGGUAACAGUCAGCAAAAGAUGCCCUCUGUGCAUCCGCCGCUCAUUUCCUCUUCUAAGUCUGAGAGCCACAAAGCGUUAGCUCCACCUAACUCUCAGAGAAGACAGAGUUUUCAAAGUAGUGCGAGUCAGCAAAGCCAACCAUCUGUUAAAAAGAUGCACAAACCGAGCGAUUGGGAUCAGUGUUCAUCUUUACUUAGCCAGGGAGAACAUGCACAUCACCAAGCAAAUACACCAGCAGGUGUCAGAUCUCUAUCCUUGAAGAGACGGAGAACAUCCAGUGCAGAAAGACACGGAGAUGGCAAGAGAUUGUGUCAGGAAGAUGUUGGAUUUGUCCCAACUCCGAUUUGUGUCAGUUCUUCAAAUGUCAGCUCACCGCCAAAGUUUGUCAAAUGUGCCUUCCUGAAGACAACUAAUUCCUCUGUGUUGACUCUAAAUGAGAAAAAAUCUCCAACAAAUAACAAUCAUGCUGGAGACAGGAUAAAGUCUACCAACAAUGUAUCCAAACAGCUUUUUCAAGAACCAAGGCCAGAAAGUCAUAAACUCUCGACAAUCCUAAGCAUUGUCGUCGAUGGAACAGGUCAUCAAAAAGAAGAAGUGAAAAGGUCUACUGAAAAUAAAUGGCUUAUUGACAACUCAUCCACUACUGACCCUUGUCACUCACUUUCUAGCAAACUUAAUAAGAAACAAAGUUCGCCGGUCUUCUCAUACACAAGUUCUGUGCCAAGCCAUAUGGAUAAGUCUAAGACCUGCAAUCCUCUCCAGCAAGAAGUUACAUCACCCCCCUUUUUUAACAUCAUGGGCUCACACAAUUCAAAGACCAUUACAAAAGAAAGGAAGGAUGUAGCAGAUAAGCAAGACCUGGUGUGGAAGGACCCCAUAGAUUUGGAGCUAGGUGAGGAAAUGGAGGUAGAGAGCUGUGUUCUCAGCCUCAGCAGCAGCCAUAGUAGUGCGGAGGAUCAUUUGCUAUCUUUAAAGGAGAUCCUGGAGGGGAGCACUCGUGUACCUGACACUCCAGAGAAGACAACAUUCUCUGAGCCCAGCACUCCAGGCUUUAAACUUGCACCGGAGGAUCUUAAAAGUAAGGCUCCAAAUUACAAGAACACACUGGAGCAAAUGCUGAAGGAGAAGGAGCAGAAUCAAAAAGCUAAGGAGCUUGAAAUGCAGCUACUUCAAGCUUGUAAAGAAGAUCUGUUGAAACUGGAUGAAGAUGAAAAUGCUGAAGCAGGACUUUCACAUGAGCAAAAGGAAUUCUUACAGAGAUUCUCAGUUAGCUCGUGCGUCAUAAGAGACGUCCACCCUGGAGAGGAAGUUUUCGCUCUGAACAACUCUGGCCGACUCUUCAGCCAUCAGAGUCUGGACCUGAGGAAGAUUGGGGUUACCCCAAAAAACAGAGAACAGGAGAGACUUCUACAAGCGCGUUCAGAACAGCUUGUGCUGCAGCUGUGUACAGGAUUGUUUAGAAGAGCCUACUCGUCUUCCCCUUGCCAGCCUCAGGUCACCCGCUGGCUUUUUCAGAUGAUGUCAGUCCACCCAAACCCCGUCAUCUGUGACCAGAUUCUUCAGGACAUGAAGUCUAUUGCCUUGUCCGCUGCUACACAAAUAGUGGAGAAAAACAAUAAGAAGUUUAUGGUGUGGGUGCCCAGUAUACAGGAUGUUGCACUAGUCUUCAUCAACAUGGGUGUAUCAUUUGUCAGUUUGUUUCCAUUAGAGGAUCUACAACCCCCUUUCACUGAGGGAGAUCUGCUAGAGAGUUUGGAAAUUAAGCCUGAUGGUACAAGGCCUGAAAAAGAAAGUGACCCAUUUCCACAGCAUAAUUUUGUGAACAUUAUCAAGUACCUGACAAUUUGUGCAGCCUUGUGUCCAAUGGUGUACAGUGAUGAGGAGCUGCUGCUGUUGUUGACUUUGGUGUGCAGAGUCAGUCUAGAGACACAUUUACAGCUGCUGCCAACUGGAGACCUCUGCUGCCUGCUACAGCACAUCCUCAGCAACAUGACACACUGGGAACUGCAGUUGCCUAAGGUUUGCCAGGCCAUUACUAAUCUCAGUGAGGAUCACCACAACCUCAGACGACUGGUACAACUUCUCCCUCACAGUGGUCGGGGAAAGCAAUUGAAGAGGCACGUGAGUGUGUCGGUCAUCUCUAAACUCUUAAACCACAGAUGCACUUAUACCCCAUCAUGCACAGAAUUUCAGCUGUCCGAUCUGAGACGUUACCUACCUCGAAUGCGUCCCUCCAUGUUGUUAAAGGGCUUGAUGGCUGCAAAGAUCACAGAGCCACAGGAGUCUGAUGAUGUUGCCACUACUCCAGACCAGCAGGCUUAUUACCUCUGCUAUAGCCUUUUGGCUUUGACAAAUGAAGCCUCAAAUUUUGAGUUUUUACCCUCAACACAGAGAAACGAGCUGCUGCUGCUGUCCGCUGAACUAGAGAAACAUGUUAAGUGCGACAUCAGGGAGAGUGAGAAAAUGCUUUACAGGAGUAAGGUUAAGGACUUUGUUGCUAGAAUAUAUACCAAAUGGCAAGUGCUUCUACAAAGAUCAAGACCCCGAGAGGGGAAGCUAUAUGAUUAUUGGAAACCUCUUCCUGAGGAUGAAGUGUCUUUAAAGGAUGAGAGCCAAUUUACUGAGCAGGAAGAUGCAGAGGAGUCACUGACUGAAGAGUCUGAUAUUGUCCAGUCGGAAGAGGAAGAGUGCAUGGAAGAAAAAGAUGAAGUACCCGUGGAGAGUGAGGAACAGCUAGAGGACAGUGUUGAACAGAUUCCAAAAAAGAUUGAAGAGUUUCAGGAGGCUCCAUCUGACAUAAAAGAGGAACAAAGCAUUAGAAAUCAGGAUGAUGAAGAAGCAGAGGAGAAAAAAGAUGAUUCUUUAAUAGAUGAACUGCUUAGAAGUUGUUCUCAUGGAUCAGUAGAGACUGAUGAGGAUGAAGAUGAAGAAGAGCUUCUUAAAGAUGAUGAGACUCUAGAAAAAAAUGGAGAUCUUGCCGGGGGAGAAAAUGAUGAGUCUGACAAAGUAGAUGAUGCAGAUCUGUUACAUAAAACAAAUAAAGAGGUACUUUUAAAUGAAAUCUGGACAUGUUCACCUAGACAUAACUAUUAAUUGGCUAAUUGUAAUAUAAAUUGCCAGCAUCACACAAAUGUAUAAAAGCAGCCUAACACAGUUAAAGCUGUGCAGUAAUUUUUUUUAACUCUUCAGAGAAAUGUAGACUGUCUCUGUUGUUAUUAAUACAACUGUACCAGGCAUUGACAUCCCCAGAUAAAGUCACUGUGUCAUAGUGUGAAAGAGACUUAUUCUCAAGCACAUUUGUAUAAUAAGCAUGAUGCACUGUACUGUCUUAAAAACCCUGUAGAGGGAGCUUUUCUCUUUUUCUUUUUUUCUCACAGCAUUUCAUUUUUAUAGAAGCUGCUUAUAUCUUAAUGUGUUUUUUUUUUUUUUUUUUAUAUUGCCAAGGUAUCUGCUGUGUCUUAAAACUGUGUGUACAGUAUAUUUCUGGAAAAAAUAAGAGCAAAAUAAGUAAAAAGUGAAAUACAUGAAGGUAAACUGUAAAGCACUUUGUACAUCAAAAUAUAUAUGUUUUUUAUGGCCAUAAAUAAUUUGUUUACAUUUGUUAUAAUAUGCAAAAGAAAGUAUAAUUGCUGGCUAAAUAGUGUAUAAUUGAUUAUGCUAAUGCUGAAUAUUAGAUACAACUACAGGUUUUUUUUUAUAUUUAUCAAUUUUAAAUUUACUAUAUAAAAUUUCUAUUCAUAUUCCUUUAAGGUUUAACUUAAAUUUAGAACUGCAGAUCUUUACUUUGAUGCCAGUAAAGGAACGCUGUAGUUGGAUGAAACCACUUUUUUAUGAUACUCCUGAGGUCAUUCUCAGUGAUUUUCCUGGGGAAAUUUUGCACAAUUCAUCUGUAAUGAUCAGCUUUAACUAGCUAAAUGUGUAUAAAAUGUGGCAUAGAAAGGACCAAAUCUAAUUUUUUGUAAUGUGUCUUUGUAAUUGAAAAGUUAUUGAAAUUUAUGAAUAAAUUUUUCCAGUGCAUCCAGACUUUUGGUUCACACUGUAUGUAUACAUCAGACAUACAUGAUGUUAUGAAUAUUUAUGUAAUUGUUUUAAAAUAAAAUAGUUUGCACAUUU